CCCGCCGCAGCCUCCUCGACCUCCCCGUCGUCACCGCGAUUCCAGCGCGUCGCCCACCCAAAUGUCCCAUCCCCUGCCUCCGCGCCACGGGCCGCCUGCCGCCGCUGAUGAGGAGGCUGACCGCAUCUUCCUUGUGCCCCUCAGGUGAGCGCACGCACCUUAACCCUAGCCGCCCGAAGCUGGGUGGCGUGCCGGCAGGAAUGGAACAGAUCCUUGCAAUAUGGCCUUCCCCAAAUCGUGUGUGUUCUCCUCCGUCUAUGCAGCAACUCGAAUCACCGAACUCGAUUUACCCGAACCUUCUCUCCUCCCCAUCUGCAUCUCGCACAACACCUGGUGGCGGUGCGGCUGUCCUUGCAGGAACGGUGCUCGCGGCCGCGGUGAUCCCAGGCCAGGCAUGGUGCAUGACCUCUUCAUCAAGAUUUGAAUUCUUUUUUGUUGGAGCAACUGGAAAACCACUGACGAAUGUUGCGUCAGUUGGAAUAGGUGGUAGCUUUGUUGGCCCUCUAUUUGGUCAUACUGCGCUCCACACUGAUCCAAGCAGCAGAAUGUGCGAAAGGCCGACAACUGAGAUUUUAAGUGUGUAUUUUCAAGCAAGCUCAUUAUCAUGUUUUAAGUAACCAUGUAUCUAUUGAUUAUUUGUAACAUCUCUUGUAUUGAGCAUUAGUUUGAUGAAAGGUGGAAUGGUUUUCUUA